UUUCGAGCAAAACAACACAUUGUCGGAGGAUUUCGAAAUGUGAAAGAAUGCUCUAAGUGCCCUGCUCAUGUACGUGAGGAGAUUAAAGAGUAUAUGUUGAAGAAAGAUAUGGAAAAGGAGGAAAAUGAGUUAUUGCCCGACUUUGAUGAUAUAGAUCAUUACGGUGAAGAUGAAGAAGAUGAAGUUCAAGAAAUUGACAUUUGUGGCAAGAGAGUGUUUACUAGUGAUGCAAGUAAAAGAUCAUACCAAUCCAACUUGAAGAAACCAAAACAGAAGGGGCCUAUAGACUUGUUUUUUACUCCCGAUCCAAAGAAAGCGAUUCAAGCUAGGAAAGAAGGGAAGAUGAAGCAAACAUCAAUAAAUGAAGCGUGCAAAAAAGAACUUAGAAAAAAGGCAAUGGGAGAUUUUGCUAGGUGAAUGUAUGAUGUUGGGAUACCAUUUAAUGCUGUACGUUUGAGCAGCUUUGCAGUGGCACUUGAAUCGAUUGGACAAUAUGGUCCUGGAAUAAAGCCACUUAGCUAUCAUGAAGUGAGAGUUCCUUACCUAAAGGAGGAAGUCAGUCGAAUGAAAGAGUUGUUGAAGGUCCAUAAGGAGGAAUGGACAAAAUAUGGCUGCUCAAUUAUGUCUGAUGGUUGGAGAGAUUCAGUUGCUAAUAAGGACAUAAUCAACUUUUUAGUGAACUCUCCACUCCAAGGGGAUCAGUAUUCAUCAAGUUUAUUGAUGCUUCUAAUAUUGUCAAGAAUGCAGAUAGAAUGUAUAGAUUACUUGAUGAGAUGGUCGAAGAAAUUGGAGAAUCAAAUGUGAUUCAAGUGGUAACUGACAAUGCGUCAAACUAUGUUGUAGCAGGGAGAUUGUUGGAAGCAAAGAGGCCACAUUUAUAUUGGACACCGUGUGCUGCUCAUUGCAUUGAUUUAAUUUUGGAGGAUAUUGGGAAGAUGCCUUCAAUUCAUGCAACUUUGAAAAGGGCAAUUUUUUUGAAUGGCUAUAUCUAUAAUCGUGUUGGCGUUGUCAACUUGAUGAGACAAUUCACUGGAGGAAAGGAGUUGCUAAGACCAGCAGUUACAAGAUUUGCAACUGCCUUCAUCACCCAUCGUUCAAUCCAUCUUCAAAAGAAUAACUUGAGGAAGAUGUUUAUUUCUGAAGAUUGGAAUACUACUAAAUGGGCAAAGGAGGCGGCUGGCAAAAGAGCAGCUACUAUUGUUUUGAUGCCUACUUUUUGGAGUACCAUCGUCUAUGCUCUUAAGUUAACAGGUUCUGCACAGCUUCCGUCCCAGAUGAUGCUUAGCGAAGGCAUGACUCGAAGACCAUUGGUUCACUCCAAACCUGGAUUGAUCAGAAGGAUAUUCCUCAGCUUCUUCUGUGAAGCUGGUCUGGCGCUGCACGCCGGAGCCUUGUGCUCUUCGUCCUUCCGUAUAGCUAGGCGGCAAUUUGAUUAUAACUCUCCGCAAUUCCGUCUUGAUGGCAAACUUCACCAUGGACCUCGUGAAAGAUGCCUUAUGCAAUGA